AUGCUUCUACCUGUCCUCGGAUCUUUGAAGCUCGGAUUUCUGGUGAAAUCUUUGAGAGCCGCCCUGGCGGCCUCAGCUCUCCCGGACCUCUCUGAAACAUCCAAGCCUCACCUGCGGGAGAAUAUGCGGAGGCUGCAGCACUGCUUCCCAGACACGUACCCCGUGGGAUACGGCAAGUGUUGCCGGGACCCUGGCAGCCCUUGGUACAAGUCCUUCAUGGAGCCAGCUUGCUGGGACAAGGAGUUUGGCAUCACCUUUGAGAACUGCUGUGUCUUUGAGUAUGGCCCGCGGCUUCGAGGCCUUCCCUACACUGGCUUUGCGGAGCCAUCGGCCCUCGUCCACUUCGAUGUUCCGAAAGCUGGCCGCCUUCGGCUGAGGUCGGGCUACGAUGUCUUGCAGACAGAGGAGUUCUCCACUUUCUGGCCAGGAGGCUGGAUCUUUGGCCACCUAAUGGCCGACCUUCAUGGUGCCGUGAGAGACGCUGAGGAGAAUGGAUGGGAGGAGGGCGCGGGGAAGCUUCGAUCUUUCCUCGGAGGAGAUUUGCAGAUCCUCGACGUCAGUUGUGGUUUGGGCCUGAGCUCAAUCGCUGCGGCACGAGCCGGACACAACGUGACCGCAACGGAAAUCUCUUGGAAGGUGCUACGACUCGUCGGGCAAAAUGCCCAGCGCAACGGCGUCCAGCUGCGCCUUCGGCGGUGGAAUCUGCUGGCGGAGCUGUUGCCACCACUUCCGAAGCUUCAUGGCAAGUAUCACCUCUGCUUGCUGGAUCUUGGCUGGCUGAAUGCAAAGAACCGGGCCAUGCAGUUGCUGAACGGUCGGGGGAUCUCUGUGUCCCUGCAGGAGGAGUGGCCAAGUGUAGAGGCUGUCUUGAGAAAGACUCUCAAGAGCCUGGCAGAGCUUAGCGGCUUAGUGGCUGUCUGCUUCACGCCUUCAUUGGGCGAACCAAAUCUGGCGAUGCUGUGGUGUUGGAGGGAGCUGAGGUGGAAUUCGACACCAAUACUCGCGAGCUGCUGCGUGCCUUGGAUGCUCUGGGCGCUGAGUUUGGGACUUCUGCUGGAGAGCGCACGGCCACGGUGA